GUCAACGUCAUCAAAAGUGAACACGACUACUCCGACAUAAACAUUCACAAAUAGUGCACACUUUUCGGAUUCACGAUGGAUAAUCUUGUAAAGGUUCAUGGAAGUGGUGGCUAUGAUUCAGACUUCAGUGAUGAAGAUGGACAGGGAGAAUCAUCAGAGAAGAAGCUCAAAAGGAAACGUGAAGAAGAAAUCCUACAGAAGCCAUUUGAAAAGGGUCGACAUUCUCAGGUGGCUCACAGGAGUUUCCACACCAGCGAGAUAGACAGAGAAGAAGCUAGAAACAGAAGAGCUCAUCUAAUAUCUUUGAAUGCUUUUGAACGACAUAAAAAGUUUGUCAGUGACUACAUUCUUUAUUAUGGCGGACAGAUGGCUGACUUCAAACGCUCUGCAGCUAAAGACAAAACAGACUAUGAUGUAAUCCGUGAGAAUCAUCACUUUCUUUGGAGGGAAGAAGAUGAGGAAGAGAUGACAUGGGAGAAAGAUCUGGCAAAAAAAUAUUAUGACAAACUUUUUAAAGAAUAUUGCAUCGCAGAUCUCAGCAGAUAUAAAGAAAACAAGUUUGGAUUUCGUUGGCGAACAGAGAAUGAAGUUAUUUCUGGAAAAGGUCAGUUCCAGUGCGGACAUAAACGCUGUGACAAUAACGAUGGCCUGAAGUCCUGGGAGGUGAAUUUUGCAUAUGUAGAACAAGGGGAGAAGAGGAACGCAUUGGUCAAACUCCGAUUAUGCCCGGAAUGUUCUUUCAAGCUCAACUACCAUCACAAGAGGAAAGAGGUGAAGGCGAAGACAAAGACUAAAAAGGUUUCGGAAGAAAAUCGCGCGCCGCCGCCCAAGAAGAAACACAAGAGGAAGCACUCACGCUCCGAGAGGCACAAACAUAAGAAGCACAGGGAUCAUUCCCCCUCUUCCAGCAGCACAGACGCCUCCUCGGACAAAGACCCAGAGGCAUCAGAGGAGUUGGAGGGCCAAUCAGAGGCGGACCACUGGAAAGGUCCUGCUCCUGCGGUGGAGGAAAAGUCAAGGGAGGAGGAGUUUGACGACUACUUUGAAGACAUGUUCCUCUGACGGCGCCACUAUCAGCUGUAACCCCGCUGCGACUAAACUUUCCCCUCGACAUAUCGGCACAGCACAACCGUUCCCUCCAAUACAGUGACACAAAUAAACAAAUAUUCACGUAAUUCCUGUCACUGUCUUCAAUUUUGUGCAGAUUUGCCGCCGCCUGUGUGUAGCCCUAUCUCACACUAACAGUGCUUUUAUCUCGGCUUAUCGCAUCUUACUUUAAUGUACAUGCUGGAUAUUUUUCUUGUUUCUUUUUGUCAGACAGAAAUGAGAGGGAAUGGUGAAGUGGAAAGGCUUUACCACUGUGCAGUAGACCAAAACAUUAUGUCACUGAUGUGAAAAAUGCUCCACAUUGUAAUGUCUCUCAGUGGCUUCGAGCGUUCGGUAACUAACUCAAAAACGAUUAAAACUAAAACGAUUCCUUCUUCAAUCAAUUCAGACUCUUAAUUUGUCCUUGGGCAAGACACUUCAUCCAGCUUUUGCAUGUGAUGGUUAGAAAAAAGACUGCAAACAAGGUGGUUAGAGAGGCCACUGGUGCAGUUUGGCAGCCAUGUUUUCAUCAUUCAGCCCCUGGG